AAUUUAAUCUGAAAACUCUGAUUUAAAUUCUUCAAACCUUUUCGAAUUGUAUUAUAAGUUGAGAAACUGACAGAUCACCACAAAGAGAACCACAAAUCGAACCAGAAGAAAAGCAAAUCCUUUAUAACGAAAACAAUUACACCAUUGAUCAAUUUACAUCCGCGGUUCCUACUAUGCCUUCGUCUCCAUCGUUUCGGGGGAAAGCUACAGAUGAUAAUGUCGCUGCUACUACAGAAGCAGAGGGGGCGUCAUACAAUUUCAACAACUCUGUUGUGGACCUUGAAAACGCUAACUAUAACACAGUGUGGAGAGAAUCGAGUUACAAUUUCUCAAAAGACGGUGAGAAGUUCGAUUUCUUAACGACGUCUGAGCCGCCGUCACCGCCGUUAUCAAGAAUAGCUGAGAGUCCGAAUAACUAUGGCACGCUGACGCCGAAAGAAGUUAUGGUUUAUUUUCACGAUGAGGUGAUUGAGCCGCAACCGAUAAGGCACCGGCGCCGGUCCAAUGGUAGUGGUCGUACGAGCGGCGGUGGAGAAGAAGUGACGCUUUGCUCCGGGAAUGCUUCAUUUAAGAGAAAAUCGACCUUGAUGAGGUCGAAAACCAAGUCCAGGUUAAUGGAUACACCGGAGAGAGAUAAGAGGUCAGGUAGAAUAUCGAAAUCUGGAAUUUUGGGAAAAGGUGGUAGUGAAUUCGAUGAAGAAGAUCCAUUUUUGGACGAUGAUUUACCUGAUGAGUAUAAGCAGUUAAGGUAUAGUAAAUGGACUUUACUUCAGUUAUUUUGUUUAAUCCUGAUUCUUGGUGCUUUAAUUUGCACCUUCAUAAUUCCUUAUUUUAAGCACAAGAAACUUUAUGAUCUUGUAUUGUGGAAAUGGGGGGUUAUGAUAAUGGUUUUGAUAUGUGGAAGAUUGGUUUCUGGUUGGGCGAUUAGGCUUCUAGUAAUCUCGAUAGAACGAAACUUCCUACUACGAAAAAGGGUUUUAUAUUUUGUAUAUGGUUUGCGAAAUGCUGUUCAAAAUUGCCUUUGGUUUGGGUUAGUUUUAAUUGCUUGGCAAUGUAUAUUCCAUGAAAAAGUCAACCAUAUGACACAUGGAAAGGUUUUGCCUUAUGUGACAAAGAUUUGGAUAUGUCUUUUGGUGGGGACAAUCGUUUGGUUAUUGAAAACAUUGUUAGUCAAAGUUCUUGCAUCCUCUUUCCAUGUGAGCACGUAUUUUGACCGGAUUCAAGAAUCAUUAUUCAAUCAAUAUGUAAUUGAAACCCUUUCGGGUCUACCAGUGAUUGAGAUUCAACAAGAACAAGAGGAGGUGGAUGAGAUGAUCUCGGAGGUUGAAAAUUUUCAAAAUGCUGGUACCAGUUUGCCACCCGAUCUUAAGGCGAAUAUAUUCAAGAAAACUGGGAGGUUUAUUGGAACUCCAAGAAACAAUAGUAAAAGUGGUAAAUUUUACAAAGUUAACAUGCCACUUGAAGAUGGGAUCACGAUUGAUCACUUGCAUAGGCUAAAUCAGAAGAAUAUAUCGGCUUGGAAUAUGAAAAGAUUGAUGAGUAUUGUUAGAACCGGAGUUUUGUCUACCUUAGAUGAUCAACUCGGAAAGUCAUGUGAUGAGGACGAGUCUGCGGUGCAGAUAACAAACGAAAUGCAAGCUAAGAUUGCAGCCAAGAGAAUAUUCUGUAAUGUUGCUAUGGAAGGCUCAAAGCGCAUUUAUAUAGAAGAUUUAAUGCGCUUUCUGAGAGAAGAUGAAGCGUUGAAGGCAAUACGGCUCUUUGAUGGAGAUAGUGAAACCAAAGGAAUCAGCAAGGCACUUCUCAAAAAUUGGGUGGUUAAUGUGUACCGAGAACGAAGAGCUCUUGCAUUGUCUCUGAAGGAUACAAAGACAGCCGUAAAGAAACUCCAUCAAAUGUUCAAUUUGGCUGUUAGUAUCAUAAUAAUCGUGAUUUGGCUUCUUAUACUUAAAGUUGCAACCACACAAUUCUUUAUAUUCCUAAGUUCACAACUGCUUUUGGUUGUGUUUGUGUUUGGUAACACAUGCAAGACGACAUUCGAAGCCAUUAUUUUCUUGUUCGUAAUGCAUCCGUUUGAUGUCGGUGAUCGUUGUGAAGUUGACGGUGUUCAGAUGGUAGUUGAGGAGAUGAAUAUAUUGACUACGGUUUUCUUGAGGUUCGAUAACCUGAAAAUUAUAUAUCCAAACAGUGUCUUGGCUACGAAACCGAUCUCCAAUUACUACCGUAGUCCGGAUAUGGGGGAUGCUGUGGACUUCUGUGUACAUGUAUCAACCCCUGUCGAAAAGAUUGCUCUCAUGAAGGAGAGGAUAACAAGCUACAUUGAGAACAAGAGCGACCAUUGGUACCCUGCACCUAUGAUAGUCUUGAGGGAUGUAGACGACAUGAAUCGGCUAAAGAUUUCGAUAUGGCUUUCACACCGGAUAAACUUUCAAGACAUGGGUGAACGAUGGCUACGAAGAGCUCUUUUAGUUGAGGAAAUGAUUAAAGUCUUCAGAGAUCUCGAUAUCGAGUACCGCAUGCUGCCUAUUGACAUUAAUGUCCGUAACAUGCAGCCUGUGUCCUCAAAUCGGCUUCCGUCUACAUGGACUACUUUGGCAAACUGAUUUGGCAUUGCGGUUGACACUUUGAUCUUGUGGUUAGAUGGUACAAUACUUUAUGUGUAUACAAAAAUACUAUAAAAUUUCGUUGGAGGCCAUUCCUUUGGUCCAUUUGUUCGAAAUUUGAUUUUAUUUUGUGUGUCUUAUUUGUAUUAUAUAUUUUAUGAAAUGAAGAUAAAUAAAAGCUACAAACCUACAAAUGUAGAAUGAUAAUGGAAUUGA